AUGAAAGAUGAUUUAUUCUUUUCAGUAUAUAGAGAUAUUAAUAUUAAUAAAUUAAUAUGGGGAUUUGUUCAAUCAGAAUAUAAAACAUUAAAUGAUAAAUUUAAUUACUAUGAAAUUAUAGACGCAAAUUUAAUGGCAAGAAAGAAAUGUUAUCAUGGAUUAUUAAGAUAUAAAGUAAAAAAUGGUGAUUUAUUAUCAUUCAAUAUUGAUGGUAGAUUAUCAUUUAAUGAUAUUUUUAAUAAUUUUAAAGAUAGUAGUAGUAGUAGUUGUAGUAGUAGUAAUAAUAAUAAUGAAGAAACAAAAGAAGAAAUGGAAGAGAAAGAUGAAAAACAAAGUGAAAAUUAUAAAUUUUAUUUAAAUUUGUUUGAAAAUUAUUCAAAUUAUUUUUUAACAGAUAUAAAUGAAAUAUUAAGUUCAAUAAUUAAAUGUAGUUGUAUUAUUGCAUUCAAGGUUUUAGUUAAUGAGUAUGAUUUAGAAGGUGAUUGUAAACAUUUAAAAUCAUUAUAUUUACAAUCAAUUAAAGAAGGUUCAACUGAAAUUUCAGACUAUUUUUUAAAAAAUUUUAAAUUGGAAUUGAAUGAAAAUGAUUAUAAAUCAAUUUGGAAUUUUUUAUUAACCAACAACAGUGGUAGUAGUGACAGUAGUAGUAGUAUUAGUAGUAAUAAUAGUAAAUCAAUGAUUAAUAAAUCAAUUCAGUAUUUAUCAAAAUUAAAUCAACUACCAACUCCAAAUUUAAUUCAAUCAGUUCAACAUAUUAUUGAUUUUAAUAUUAUUGAUUCGAAAUUUAAUAUAACAUUUCAAUUCUUAUUAGAUACAUGCUAUUCAAUUUCUACAUUAUCAACUGCAACAACAACAAAUUUAUUAAAAGAUAAUUUUAAAUUUAAUGAAUUUGUUGGAUUACAAAAUAAAGAGAUAGUGAUAUUAAGUAAAAUUGAAUUGGAUGAAAUUUCAAAAGUUUUAAAAGAAAGGGAAUUAUUAUUGAAAUCACCAAUUAAUUAUGAAAGUGAAAUUGAAGAAGAGAAUGAAAUUUUUAGAAAAUUAGUUGGUAUGUCAAUAAUAUUUACAUCAUCAUCAAAUGAAAAUUCAAUUAUUAAUUUACUAUUUUAUAAUGUAAAGUAUGAUAAUUUACAUUUAUCAUUGAUUGAAUGUGGUAGUAGUGGUAGUGGUGGUGGUGGUAGUGAUAGUAUUAAAAUCAAUGAAUAUUAUCCAAUUAAUAAUGAUUAUACUAUAUCCAAAAUAAUUGAUUGUGGUGAUCAUUUUUUUAAUCAAAUUUCAACAAGAUUCUUUAAAACUAAAUUAUUAUCAAUGUUUAAUAAAAACUCAAUUAAAUAUCAAUCAAUUAAAGAUAGUUUUAUAAAUUCAAUAAUUGAAUAUCAAAAACAAAAACAAAAACAACAACAACAAAACAUUGAUCCAUCAAAUCUUUUAAAUUUAUUAGAAUUGGUAAUUAAAUCAAAUGACUACAUAUUCAUUAAUGAUUUCAUUAAUAAAUUAGACCAAAAUGAAAUUAAUUUACCUGAUUUACCUUCAAAUUAUUAUAGAUUUAUUGAUGUUUCAUCAUUACCACCAGUAUCUUCAAAUAUUCCCUCGUCUUCUUCUUCUUCUUCCUCCUCCUCCUCCUCCUGUUCUUUUAAUAAUGAAGAACCAAUUAAAAUAUUUGAUAUUAUUUAUAAAAGAUUUAAAUCAAAUUUCAAUUUAAAUUAUUUUUUAAGAAUACCAUAUAUUAAAGAUGUUGAAACAUUUAAUAAUCAACAACAGCAACAACAACAACAACAAGUUGUUGAUAAUAGAUAUUCAGUAUUGUUGUAUCAUUUAAAGAAUAGUUAUAAAAGUGAUUAUUAUCAAUACAUUAAUAAUCAAUUUCAAAUGGAUAAAGAGUUUUUAUAUUGUGAUUUCAUCUUUGAUAAUUAUGAUGAUUUUAGUUCACAUUUAGAAACAAUUUGGAAUUCAGAGAAUAGUUAUUAUAAUAUUGAACAACAACAACAACAAAUUACAAAUAAUACAAAAGAUUGUAAAUUUAAAUUAAAAAAUUUCAUUACUUUAUUUGAAAAAAUUAUUUUACCAAGCAUUAAAAAUAAUAAUAAUAAUAACAAUAAUAGCAUAUUCAAAUUCACACCAUUAGGAUGUAAAUUUUCACUUGAAUGGAUUUUAAAAAAUCAUCCAAAACUAAUUGAAAAUCAAUCAUUGGUAAUUGAUAAUAAUUUAUAUGGAUAUUAUUAUUAUUGUAGAGGUUUUGAAACAUUAAAAAAUCAAUUUAUUAAUAAUAACAAUAAUAAUAAUCAAAAAUCAAUAAUUUCAAAAUUAUUAUUAUCAAAUCCAUUAGAAUUAAUUAUUAAACGUUGUGAUUUACCUUGUUUAGAAUUUAUACUUGAAAAUUUGAAUAAUAAUAAUAAUAAUAAUAAUAAUAAUAAUAAUAAUAAUAAUAAUAAUAAUAAUAAUAAUAAUAAUAAUAGUAAUAAUAAUCAAAUUCAACAACAUGAUAUUGAAAGAAUAAUGUUAUUAAUUUCAAGAUUUAAUCGUGUUGAUGUUUUAUCAUUUAUUUUCACUUAUUUCCCAAAAUUAUUAAAUCAAGAAACAAAAACAUAUUUAUUCACUCAAUCAGUUUUAAAUUUUGGUUCACUCGAUACUAUAGAAUAUUUAUUUCAAAUCAUUGGUUUUAGACCCAAUCCAUCCUCAUUUAAUCAUUUACAUCCUAAGGGUGAAUUUAGAAUACCACUCACUUAUUAUGAAUUACUUUAUAAUAACUGUUGUUUAAAUAUUAUCAGUUCAUCAAUUUCAAAAAAAGAAGUAAAUUUAUUUGGAAAUCAAUUAAAUUAUGCAGCAAUUGAAAUAGAAUUUGAUAGUGAUAUAUUCAAGUAUGACUCAUUAGGAUGUCCAAAUUUUAAUUGUACAUCAGUAGUUGGCCAAGAUGAAAUUGAUUGUACUUGUGAUUAUACAGAUGUUAAUGAUUGUCCAAAACAAAUUGAUUCAUCAUGUCCACCAUGUCCAUUAUUUGAUAAAUUUGAUAAUGAUAUAGAAUUAUGUAAAAACAAUAUUGAUCCAACAGUUAUUUGGACUACAGUAGUGAAAGAUAAAGAAUAUAUCUUUACAUCAGAUAAAUCCAUUCAGUUAAGAUAUAAAGCAGAUUCAAAGAUAUGUGAGCAAAUUAUGAUACAAAAUCAUCAAAUUAAAGGAUUUUAUAAAUUAUCAAUGGGUUAUUCACCAACAUAUUUCUCACAAAGGGAUAUGAUUCUUAGUAAUCCUUUAGUUUAUGGUGUAAUGAAUAUGUGUCCAUCUGAUAAUAUCUCUUACUUACAGGGUAAAGAUUUUAAUCAAGGUUGGACACAAGAUACAUUCUAUUUCACACUUCAACCAUUUAAAAUUGGUAAACCAUUUUCAAUGUCAUUCAAAUUAACCUCAAAACCAGUACCACCAAUUUUAACGACAACAAUGACAAAAUGUGAAAAUAUUACUAAUACUCAUCAAUGUUUAAAUGAUGGUGAAAUGGUUGAAAGAGAUGAAGAACAACCUCAAACAUACCAUUAUUAUACAUUUAAAGCGUUGAAGAGUGCAAUAUACACAAUUAGAUGUCCAACAUUAUAUGAAACAGUUGGUAUUUUAGCUGAUGAUGUUAAUUCAUUCCCAGUUUAUUCAUCGAUAAUACCUGCGAAAUGGGCAAGUGUUGAUAGUUUUGAAAAUAAUAUUGUGGUUUAUUUAGAAAAGGAUAGUGUGAUCUAUAUUGGUGUAUACAUUUCUUGGCCAUCAUUUUAUACAUUAUCAAUUACAUCUCAAGCUUAUUAUUCACCAGUUAAUAUUUCAAGUUUACCUCCAAUGGCUGCAAUUUUUGCUCAAACUAAAUCAAGUAGAAUAAAGAAUUCAAUAACUCAAAUCGCUUGUGAAUCAUGGUCUCAAUGCUUUUUAUAUACAAUUGGUGCGCCAUACCUAAAUAAUGAUCCAAUAUCACCUUUACCACCACCUUAUUUAACUUAUUUUAUUCAAGAUUCAUUACCAUCCUUCUUUGAUUUAGAUUAUGAUGAUACCUUAUUAAAUCCAAUGAAAUCAAAAACUUUUCAAGCUGCUUUCUUAUUAUCUUAUAAAAUUGGUUCUGCAACAACUUCAACUUUAAUUGAUUUUAAUUUAGCUUUAAAUUCACAAAUUGAAUUUUUAUCAACAUUUUUUGAUAAAAAUGGAAUUGCAAUUUCAAAUAUUGUAUCAUAUAAAGAAAAAGAAUUAGAAUGUAAUUAUAAAGAUUUUAAUGAAAUUUUAAAUGAAAUUAAUAGAAUUGAAAAUUUAUUAUAUAAUGUUACAGAUUUAAUGGAAAUGAAUAAUUUAAGAUAUCAAUUGGAUACAUUAACAAUUAGAAAUAGUUAUGUUGGAUGUUCACAUCAAGCAAUUAAAUUUUUAGAAAAGAAAACAGUUUUAAAGAAUGUAACAGGUACCUAUUGUAAUUAUCAAACAACUGAUCCAGAAUUUGAAACUGAUCCAUGUUGUAGUUUAGUAAUGAGAUAUAAACAAUGUUGUAAUCCAAUUACAAUGCAAAUUGAAACGGUUGAAUAUGUUGGUAUUGAAUCAACUGAUGUAAAAGAUCAAUGUUCCAAUCCAUUAUGUACAGAGAGUGUUAUCGAUCAAUAUUACAAUACAUUGGAUUCAACACAAAAUGAAUGUACAAUUGAAAAUCAAGCAUUAGAUAAAAUUAAAAUCAAUAUAAUUUCAACACUUCGUCAAUGUCAAUCAGAUUUAAAUAUUUUAUCAUCAUCGAAUGUAGAUUGUACAUUAGAUAAAGAUUGUUUAGAAUUUAGUGGUUCAAAAAGUACUUGUGAUUUAUAUUCAAGAAAAUGUAUACCAGAUAUUGAAUAUUUAGAUAACCUUUACUUAAAUUGUAUUUUUAGUCAAUUAGAUAAAGGUAUAAUUUUUAAACUUUUAAAGAAACCUUUUAUAUUGGAUAAUCAAGAUUCAUUAAUUCAAGAGAUUUACAAUCAUUAUCAAAAAGAUGAUUGUAUAAAUCAAGGUCCAUUUCCAAACCAAGAUAGACAAAGAUUUAAAUAUUAUUCAAAUUCACAAGAAGAUCGUUAUUAUGAAUCACCACUUUGUUUAGAUGAUUCAUGUCCAUUGGUUCAUGAUUUAAAUUAUGAUGAUAUUUAUGGUGAUUUUAAAAGAUUUUACAAUUUAAAUCAAGAUACUAUUGGUUAUUGUGAUCUAUUAGGUUUUUGUAAUUCAGAUUCAUCAUGUAUAGGUAUUAAUGGUGAUCCAACUCUUUCAAUUUGUAUUGAUGAUUGUAAUGUAGAUUUUUGUGGAUUUUGUUCAAACAGUACCAAUUCACUUUGUUAUAAUUUCAAUAUAAAUGAUCAAACAACAUGUGAAUCAUUAGGUCAUUGUAUGUUACCAAAUGGUGAUUAUCAACAAACCACUCUAGAGAGUGAAUGUCAACAAUUAGGAGUUUGUUCAGUUCCUUGUGGUUAUAGUUGUCAAGGUUUUAUUGGUUGUGCAAUUACAAAUGUUAUUAAUGAAACUCAAUGUUUAACAAUUAAUUCAACCACUUGGGAUAACACAUUCAAUUUAUGUUAUGAUAAUACUGUUUUAACAGUUGCACAAUGUAUUGGUGACCAAUCAACAAACAAUAAUAAUUAUCAAUGGGUUAAUUGUACAUCAAAUUCAAUCGAUAAAUGUAUUGGACCAAAUACACCAUUAUUGUAUGGUAUUUGUUAUUUAACAACAAUUGAAUGUAAAUCAAAACAAGAAUGUGAACAAGCAGGACAAUGUUCAGAUAUGUAUUAUUUUUCACCUGAAAAUACUAAAGGUUAUCCAUUGGGUUUAGGUAAAUGUGUAAGACCUCAUAAUUUAUAUAGAAGUAUGGUUUCAUGUUUUUAUUCAAAUAAUAUAUUUGAAACUGAACAAGACUCACCAAUGGGAUGUUUCAAUUAUUUACCAAAUGUAUUCACAAGAAAUGAUUGUGAAGCAUUAGGUGAUGGUUAUCAAUGGUGGUCAGCAGCUCAAAGUGAAUCAGAAUGUUUAUCAACUUUUGGUUGUAGUGUAAUUCCAAGUGAUAAUUCAAAAAUGUUACCAUAUAAUAGAUUAUUUAAUGAAAUGGAUUAUGAAACUUGUGUAGGUUGUUAUGAAUCAACUAAUGAAUGGACCAAUAAGUUCACCUAUAAACAUGGUGAAUGGAAGAGUGGAAUUUUCACACCAAAAGGUGUAUGGAUGCAAAGUAAAUGGAUUUCAACAGCAACUAGAACCACGUCAUUAGAUUAUGAAAGAAUCUAUAAUGAUCUAAUGACUAGUGCAAAUUCUCAAAUGUCAGAUUUAUUACGUUCUGAAUAUUUUUGUAGAAUGUUUCGUACUAAAAAUAAUUUAAAUUCAAUUUCAUGUAGUUGUUCAGGUGAUGGCGAUAGUUCAUGUUUUAAAGAAACUUCAUUACUUUUAGGUGAAACACAACCAUGUCAUUCAAAAUCAACUUCUUUCCAUUUUAGCUAUGGUCAGGUUUUAUUUUCAAAUGAUUCAGUCCCUCAAGGUUGUGGUAAUUGUUUAGUAUCACAAUAUUCAAGACAACUAUUUACCUCAGUUGAAAAACAAUUAUUCCCUUCAAAUUUCGUAUCUUAUCCAAAGCCUGAAGAUUUUGGUAUUAUAAAUUCAAAAGGUGCUAUAAUUGGUACGAUUCUAGGUGAUGGUAUAGUAAUAGAAUCACAAGGUGUUAUUAAAUAUAAUGUUUGUUUAGCAUUCACUUUAAAUAAAGAUUCAGAAAAAUAUCCAGUUUUAGAUUUUGCAAGUUUAGAUGAACAAACUAAAAAAUUGUAUCCUAAAGGUUUAGAUCAAGGUUAUAUUGUGAAAUUGGAAGAUGGUGAAGAUGAUUUAUUAUGUUUUGAAAUUUUAAGUGUAAAACAAAAAGAAACAUUAUUCCCAAUUAAUCAUAUCAAUGGCAAUUGGGCUGAGGAAAAUAAAUCUUACUUUGAUAAAUCAACACAAGGUUUAUUAUACACACUUGCAGCACUCUUUUUAUUGGUUUCAAUUUAUGGUUUUUAUCAAUUGGUUAUCAUUUCCAUCAUUAGAUUCAAAGGAAUUAUCACAAGGUUUGAAUUGGUACACCUUUUACUAUUAAUGAUUUUUAUUUUCGUAUCUGUGAGAAUGGUUUAUUUCUUCCUUUUACCAAAAGGUUAUCUAGCAGAUUCUUCAAUUGCAGAUUAUAUAUUGGUGGUUUUACCAACUUUCUUUUUCUUUAGUUGCUUUACAAUCAUUAUUGUACUUUGGUAUGCAAUUGUAUUUUUAGUAUUAAAAAAUAAUAGUAGGGCAAGUGAUUUAACUAAAAGAGUUAAUUAUAUAUUAAUAAUGGUAAAUAUUAUUAUUUAUCUUUUAUUAAUUUCAAUUGUAAUUGUUUUUCAAUAUACAAAAGAUAGAUAUAAUAAUAAUUGUGGUAAUAGAAUUAUAAUUGAUGUUAAAACUUCAACAAGUCAAAAAGCAGUUUCAAUUGUUUAUGCAGUUGUUCAAGCUACAAUUAGUCUUGUAAUUGGAUCAGCAUUUAUUUAUUUAGGUAGUAGCUUAUAUAGUUCAAUGAGUAAAGCCAUUUCAAAUAGUAACAAUGCAAGAGCUGUCAAGAAAGCAAAGAAAAUCUUUUUAUUAACUACAAUCUCUGGUACUGGUUUUAUAUUACAUUGUAUUUUUAUUAUUAUUUUAGUUUCUAUAAAGAAUCCAAGUGUUAUUUUUAGUUUUAUUGGUUUAAUAAUAACUGAAAUCAUACCAUCUGUUACUAUUUUAUAUUGUUAUGACCAAAGAGUUGGCUUACACUUGGAUAGAUCUUUAAAUACAAAAACAUCAUCAGCAACUUCAUCCUCUUCUUCAAAUAAAUUAAGCAAAUUAACUUCAACUGAGAAAACUUUUAGUGAAAAUUUAUCCUCAGAAUAA